CUAGCCGUCCUAUUGAAAGCACUAAUUAGACUUAAAUCUGUAAAAAAUCAGCUGAAACUAAAAAAGGCUUUAGGAAAACGCCCGAUCACAGGGAGGAGGAAACAACCAAAUCAUCUAAAAUUUGCAAUGCAGGCCUUUUCUUCAUUCUCUCUUAGCCUAAAUAUUCCCAAAUACAAUACUCCAGGUCUUCAUUCAAAGCCCCUACCACGUAAAUUGCCAUGGCAUCAAUCGGCUGCAGAAAGUGUCAGCUUCUUAGCUGGUGGCCUCACUGCUUGUUGCUUCUGCCUUGUUGUCCUGGUUUUCUUUGGAGGAGAGGGUACCGGAAGAAGAAAAAGCAGCACUGGAGCAGUUCAAUAUCUUCCUGCAAUUUGCCCAGAUAUUCUUGUUCGUGAAGCGAGACCUGAAGAUUAUUGGGAAGUGGCAGAAACCCAUUGCAGCUCCUUCUUUCCUGACCGUGGCUUUCCCAUGGAUCUAGUUCUAAGAGCAGAUAGAUUGGUAGCCAUGUUUGCUGGGUUUUCUAUACCUGCAGGAUGUAGAAAACAAUGCCUGGUUGCUAUUGAUGAGAGAUUGACCGAUGAAAAUACUUUUCUCAAUUCUACAAGACAUGAAAAUGUGGAGGUUGAAUCCAAGCUUCAUCUGAAUGGUGAAAGGAUUUCUGGAAUCUUGACAAUAGACACAGUAGCUGAGUUUUUACCAAGAAGGGGCCAUCUUGGGCUUAGGAGAACAGGUAUUGCUUAUAUAUCAAAUGUAGCAGUUCGUCAAAAAAGACGGCGAAGAGGGAUUGCACAAAGAUUAGUCAUAGAAGCAGAAGCUUUGGCAUGCAGUUGGGGUUGUCGCUCCAUGGCCUUGCAUUGUGAUGUGAAUAAUCCUGCAGCUUUGGCGCUAUACCAAAGACAGGGUUUCAGAUGCAUUAAGGUUCCCACAGGAGCCAAAUGGCCUCAGCCAAAGGCUGUACCAGGUUCUACUUACCACUUCAUGAUGAAACUUCUUUCAACUCAUCAUUGUUGACUUUAACUUUGCUGAUUACCAGCUAACCUACCCUGUCUAAAACACUUUUUUGAGCUUCUAUAUCUCCACCUUUAUUGCCAUUGUGAUUUAUAUGCACAACAGGACUAUGUCUAAAUUGUACAUAAAAUUUGAAAGUCGUUCCAUCUCAGGCAUGGAGAUUGACAGUCGUGCUAUCUCUCUCUACUUUCACAUUUAUUUGUAUUUAAAUUGAUAUUUGAUUCAAGGGAUGUAACUUGUCCCCAUGUAUUUUUCAAAACACAGUACUGGCAAUGAUGAAGAAUGAUAAAGCACUGAGGAUCAUUCACCAUGUAAAAUGUAAAGGUCUGCAUUCUAUUAAUCAUAUAUUAUCA